AUGGCAUUCAAGUUCAUCGUCCUCGCGGCUUUCCUCGCCGUUGGAAGCGCUGGAGUCCUUCCAGCCUACCACGUGGAGCACUCAGCUCCACUUGUCUACGCCCAAGCACCCGUAGUCAAGGUUGAUGCUGAGUACGACGCCCACCCCGAGUACCAAUUCUCGUACGGUGUUCACGACUCAUUGACUGGCGAUGUUAAGUCUCAAGAGGAAUCCCGUGACGGUGACAAGGUUGAGGGUAGCUACAGUGUUGUUGAAGCCGACGGCAGCAAGAGGGUUGUUCACUACACCGCCGAUGACCACAAUGGAUUCAAUGCUGUGGUUGAGAAACAGCCAGCUGUUCACUCUGCUCACGUUGUGCAAGCUGCCCCUGUUGUUGCUGCUGCACCCGUUGUUAUUAAACCAGCCCCCGUUGUCGUGAAAUCUGCCCCGGUGUACCAUGCUGAACCUGCAUACAAAAUUGCAGCCCCUGUUGUUCACUCCUACAGUGCUCCAGUUGCCCAUGCCUACAGCGCUCCAGUUGCUCAUGCCUACAGCGCUCCAGUUGCUCAGGUCUACAGUGCUCCAGUUGCUCACGCCUACAGCGCUCCAGUUGCUCACGCCUACGCUCCAGCAGUCUACCACCACUAA